ACCGGUACCGGUCCGAGGACCGGGGGUUGGGGACCGCUGCUCCACAGAGUCGACUCGGAGCGGUGAUGUGCCGCUCAGCCAAUCAGCUGGCGGACUGACCCCGUCGUACGAUGUUCUCGCGUGUUCUGGUCACGAUGGCUUGUUUUCAUCACCGUCUUCAACUCGCUGCUCAUCCAGCAGCUCGAUGACGCCUCAGUUGGUGGGAGCGGAGGAAAGGUGCGCACGUUAAGAAAAAAAAUGGACUGCGCACUUUGCUCGUCGGUUUUCAAAGCAGCUUCAUGUUCCUGCUGCUGCUGAUGAUCGACCCUGCAGAUGUUUCAGCAGGGAUUGUUUUUGGUGUCGGCGGAUCGCGGUGCCAUGCGUCGUUUUGCAUUUUUACGCACCCAUCCAGCCUCCUCCUCCUGCUCUUCCUCUGAUCAAACAGCGUCACAUGCUGCUGAAAAGCACUUAAACGCUCCAGAUAAAAUGUCUGGGUGAAUGCGGCAGCCCGCAGGAUUUGGACCGACGCCGGAGGCCAGCAUGCCCGGACCGGAGGACGUAUUUAUAACGCUAGCAAAUCACAUUUCUUCACAUUUUGGUACUUAACGUCAAUUUAAGACUCAGCCAUGGGCGAUGAGAGGAGUUUGUCUCAGCAGAUAGAGGGUGUGGAGAGGAGCAUGGUGUUCCUCAGGAAGGAGCACCUCUCCAUGCUCCAUGGUCUUCACCUGGAGAUCCUUUCCCUGCAGAAACGAUGCACAGAGUUGACAAGCGAGUUGAAGAUGAAGCCUCCGGGCAGGAGUCAAAUAGAAUUGCAGGAGGAAGAGGAGCUCUUGGAAGCUCGCAGUCUGGAGGUUGAAAACCGCCUGGCAGAAAAGGAGUGCGCCUUGGGAGAGCUUAGGAAGGAGCUCACUCAGAAAGGGGCUUUGGUGGGAGUUCUCAGAGCCAAUCUCAAGCAAAAAGAGCGCCAUUUUCUGGAGGAGCUGAAAAGCCGCAGCCACUGUUCGACCGUCCUUAACACGGAGCUGCAGAAACAAACCGAGGCUGCGGCAUACCUCUCCUUCCAGCUGCACGCUGCGAGGCAGAAACUGCACCAGCAGCGGAUGCAGCAGAGGCAGGGCCUGCUUUCCAGGGCCAACAACCAGGGGCUCCAGUACGGUGCUGAGUACAACUCCACAGUUUCUCCACAGAUGCUUUCAGGAGCUUCGCCUUCUUCUCCUGUGGUUAAACCAAAACGUAAGAGCGCUAGGGCUUCCUCGAGAGUUGAGCGUUCCCGAGAGUGUGUGCCGACAGAGAAAGUGACGGGCCCUGCAGAGCCCACAGCCAUGCCGGACCCUGCUCUCUUCCUCCACCCUCGAAGGCACAGGGCCCGCUCCAGGCACAGUGCGGCACAAAGACAGCCUCCACUGGGCAUGGAGAAGGAAGAAGAGGAGGACGAUGAAGGGGCAGGGGGUGGGGAAGGGCCAGUGGAGCCCCAAGAUGAAGCUGCUAGACUGGUGUCUUCAGCAGCAGCAGCAGCAGCGCCUCCUGCUGCGGAGACGCAAGCAGAUUAGUAACUACUGUGACAUGUGCAUUUCAACCACUGUAUCAUCUGUCAGACUGUUAAUGGUGAUAACUGUUGUUCUGCACCUUGACUGAAUCCACACUGAGACUGGUUUUAGCCAUUUUAUUAUAUCACACUCACUAUACGCUCUUUUUUAAAUAUGAACUUUGAAGUAACCUUAAAUAACUCGCAAAAGUCAGUAAGUGUCACUUUAGGUCAGUCUUUUAAACUAGAAGGAAUUGUUUACACUGCUGUCAGAUACUCUCUGCAUACUGCGGGGCCUUAUUUUAUGGUAGCCCCCCCUUCUUGGUUUGAGUUUGACCGUGAUAGCAGUCAUUUAGAGUGGACUAGAAGCUGCUGUGGUAGUUGUGUUACCCAGGCAGCUGUGACCUUUAAAGGCCCUUCAUAAAUCACCCUAGGUGGCUGAGUGUUUGUGUGCGGCACAGCUGAAUAUAUCUGAGGUGGUAGGCACAUGAAAAAACGAUUGAUCCCCAGGAAAUUCCUCACUUUGAAUAGAAACAUACAUAGUUUGUUGUUGUUGUUGUUGUUGGGUUUUUUGGGUUGUUUUUUUUUACUUCUUUUUGGAAAAAAUCCAUAGCCAUGCAUCAAAGUCCCCGGUGUAAUCUGAAAAACAGAAGUAAUCAGUCCAGGCAACGAUUUUUAAGGAAACUUGCUUUAAAUAACUGCACGGUACAAAUCACAUUUUCACAGCAGACUUUAGAUAUCUCUGUCAGUUUUACCUGGCAUCAAGGCCGUGUCUAAAAUGAAUAUCACGCUCACUCAACAGGCACUAACUGCCAGAGUUACUAAAAUGUUGCCCGGCACAGUAAAAAGUACUAUCAGUAUCCAGAAAGAGAUCACAGUGACAAGAUUGCCUGUGAUAUGUUGAUAUUAAAUAUGUAAUUUUGGGAGUUCCCUUCUCAAGGUGCAAAAUAUAAGAAGGAGAAUGUUUAAAUCAAGCACGCACACUAAUUUAAUAAUGCAAUUUACUUUUAAUUGUGCCGAUAUUUAACACAGAAUAAAAGCAGGUCUUAUUUUUUUUUAACUUGAUGCUGAAAUUGACCGUUCAAAAAGCAGCGCAACUUUUGUAAAGCACGCUAUUUUGCCCUUUUUAAUAAAUCUGGCCCUAAACUCUUCUCUGUAACCAGCAGAAUGCCUGUUUGAGAAACACUCCCUAACAGCAGCCUGGUUACGUUUGGGCAACAAAGCUACAAGGCUGGUUUGAGUCAGAGUACACCUGUUUAACAAUGUCACCCACAUCACAGAAAGCCUGAAGGCAAACUGUUGCCAUGUGCAAAGCAGCCAAUCAGUGUUUCAACUAACAACAAAGCGUUUUCCCACAGCCCACCUUCACUGUUCUGGUUAGUGACCAGAUCAUGAUACACUUUAGAGCAGCGAUUCCCCAACCCCCGGGUCACAGACCAGUACAGGUCCAAGAGUCGUUUGGUACCGGGCCGCGAGAGUCGAGGCUAACCCUAACCCGGUUUUCAGGGUUGUUAUCGGUUUUUAUCGUUAUUUUUUUAUCGUUUUAUCGUUAACUCGGUUUCCCUGUGUCUUUUCCCGUGUGUUAUGAAUAAAUCGUCUUUUUUUUUUUGGUACAGGUUUUAUUUUGUUGUAUUUAUCCGCGACACCUUAAAGGCCGGUCUGUGAAAAUAUUGUCGGACAUAAACCGGACACAAAUCCGUGGCGCACAAAAGGUUGGGGACCGCUGUUUUAGAGUGGACCUAUUAUGCUUUUUUAAAAUUAUUUUUGUUGUAAAUACAGUUCUAAACAAAUUUAUUAGAUCACCAAAAAUUCUGUUCAGAAAUGCAAGUAAAUUAAUACAAUUUGGCAUCUCGACCAAAAAAUAUAAUGUGCUUUAAUAUUGUUUUUAUACUUUUUUUUUUCUACAGCAGCUGAUUUGAAAGUAAUAAUUGACGACAAUAAUUAUAUUUUAGCAUUAAAAAUGUGCAUACAGAAUAUUAACCAUUACAGAAACAUUAAAAAAAAUUAGUUACAGAUACUGUUCGCUUAGGGCCGCUGAGGCAUAAACCUUACACUGGGCGGUGGUCUAAUACAUUUCUUAAGUACUGUAUGUAAGGCAAAAGCUCAGUCUACUGUCUCUGCAUGAUGAAGGGAGGAGAUAUCCUUAUGUGGUCCUCUCAGGCUCCACCCACCUAUCGUCCAAACCUUCUGCUUAUGAGAGGCAACCAAUCAGAAGAAGGCUGGCUUAAAGGGUAAGGAGCUACAACAGCUUGUUUCAGUCAGUGGAUGAGGGCAAGUGUAAGAUGAAGAAGAAUUAUUUUGAACUGUGAAUCGUGCAAAUCUAAAGUCCUGAAAGGUACUAAAGGUCAUUAGACUUUUGUUUGUCUACAUCAAUCUCAGCCAACAGGUUAAAAAAACAUUAGAAGAAGACAAAAUAUUAUCACUUACAUUACUAAGAAAGCAUCACAACUUGUCAUUCAUUUUUAAAUAGCGGUAGAGAUACAAUGUGAAAAUAAUUAACUUAAUUCCUUUAAGGUACACAAUAUAUUUUAUCAGUGCCUGUCUCUAAAGGAGGAGAGGUCAGCCACAUGAAACUUCAGUCUGUAUGUUUUAAGAAGUGAUGGAUUGGGGUGGUGUGCUGCCUUUCCUUUGCAGGGCCUGCUUUGCGUGUAAACAGGCCACAUGCUGGUGAUAAUCAGUUCUGACUCACUGGACUGUGCACUUUACUCAGGUGUGGGUUGUGUACAGAAAACACACACGUACGACGCCUUCUUUGGCAUAUUUGUGUUUGAGGGUCUUGUGUUGUUUUGUUUCACUUUUUUUUUUUUUUUUUUUUUUUUUUACCUCAGGAAAAAAAAUUAGAUUUCUUGAUGUGUCUGAUGAUGUGUCUUACACUGAAGAGCCGGAUGAUUGUUUUGAUGGAAUUUCCUUUCACAUUUUUUUAAAAACACAUUUAACAAAUUCCCAAACUAGCCUUGUGAGUGCACACGGAUGCAGUGGCUGUUACCCUCUGUUAUCAAAACACAUGCAUAUGGUGGCCCCUAGUGAAACAAUGAGCAAACAGCAUGAAGCAAGCAGGUGAAAUCAACCUUUUAUGCUACGGCUUGCAUUAACGGCGCCCGUUUAUGACUUUACCAUCAUAUACACUGCAACUACUGCCUUAUAAUAUAUAAGAGGAGUCGUGAUGUAAUAAGCGUGCACGCGGACUCAAAGGAAACUACAAGUCUUUACUUAACGGAUGGUUUCCUUUUAUACAACUCUGGUUGGGGUUUGCAUAUAAGUCAGAUCACAGUUUUUCUUCAAUGCUUUCCUUGAGCCAUAACCUAACUGAGUAACCGCAGCUUGAUGCGAGUCUUCCUGUAAGACUGAAUUUGAUUGUAAGGAUUUUCUUUCACUCCUAAGCCACCGGUUAGCGGCUUAGCAUCAUGUUUGUAGGACUAUUAUUAAUAAAGCAAUAUAUAUUGUAUAUUUAUAUAUUAUGAGUAGGUGAGGUCAGCUGGUGUAAGGACACUUGAGGCGUGAAAAGAGUUUCUAUCUUUGUAAUUUUUCAGCUCACAGUGUUUUCGCUUUAUUUUUUUCUGAACUGUCAGAUGGAUUGUUCCAUUUUAAAGUUUUGUCACUGACUCUUUAUGAGAUGAGUUGCUACGCUAAAUGUUAAGGGAUUUAAUGAUAUGUUGCAUGUAACGCAGCGGUGAGUAAAUCGGCAUAUUCUUAUGCCACCUGAGAAGGUCUGGAUGCAACCUGAGUGAAGUACACUUUUUCUUUCUUUUGUUUUCUUUUGUUUUGUUUUUUAGCAAAGAAAUGCAAACAUGACAAGGGUUUCCAUUCACCUCUUAGCUGGGAAGCCAAUAGCAUGACCGUGUGCACUAUUCUUCCUCAAGUUUUAUGAGAUAGUCGGUGAUAUAAGUGCAAAGCUGUCUUGUCCAAAACAGUUUCUCUGACAGGGAAAACUGAGCUUUAGACUGUUAGACUCCAUGAGUUAAUCACUGCACCUCCUAUCCAGGUAGAUUCAACUCUCCAUCCACCUGUAAUCAUCAGUUUAAUAGAUUUCACAGCAGAUGAUCCAUGCUUUUUCUGUAACAUCAAAAUACUGGCUGCUGUACGCAUCUUUGCUACAGUUCUUACAACUCAGAGACUGACGACUUGUUUGUCUGCCUUGAGGGAAAACGCUAAUGAGCCAAAGAGGCCCACCACUGAAAUUAGCACAAAGACAAACGGUGCGACGCCUAACGAAGAUGUCUUUCUUUCAACAAAAUCUUCACUGCCUCAGAGCAUAGCAUACUAUAUCUCACAUCAUGCAAACAAACGGUAAUGAUCUGCACACAUCCGCAGAGAACGUCUUCCAUCUUUCAAAACACUCAUGUGACUCUAAUCCUCAUAUCGGUCACAUGACAGCAGCAUCUCUGUCAGUUUUACUCUUCCAGGUCUUUGUGGUGACUCCUGGUUGAUUUUCCGACUUACAGAAGCAUUUUCAGGGCACCGUGAAGCAUCUCGUUUGAUGUGUUAUGUGGUUUCUAGCAAUAAUACCCAACAUGCAAAACAGAGAGAUGUUGCUCUGGGUUGUUAUUUGCUAAUGACUGAUUACCGCAUAUACUGUGUUUGCUUCCUACAGUGAUUUACUGUACCCAUAACCCAAAUAAAUUGGAAGGUUGUCGAGUCUGCUUCUUGCUUUGUCAAUAAAGUGAUUAAAUUAUUUUGUAUUCAUGUAUUAUUAUAGUUUCCUUUGAUGUGGGAAUGAGCAUCAAUGGGUCUGUUACACGGUAAAAUAUUACUAUUAAAAUAUGUGAUUAGUUUCUGUCUCUAAACAAUGUGGUAAAACCAUCAACCCGUCUCUGCUGCUUAUCCUUUUCAGAAUCGAAUUCAGGUUGAUUUCGCUGAAUGCUCAGAAGUAUGCAGGCUAGCCCAACUUUGCAUGUGUCAGGUUAUGUGUAACAUAUUGUCUGUGUCUGCAUGGAUGAGCAGGCAGUCUUCCUAGCAGAAAGCAGAUACUUUGUGCACUUUAUGUAUGAAGAGACAGUGGCUGUGGCUCAGGAGGAAGAGUGGCUUGUCUACUAACCCGAAGGCCGAUCCCUUAGCUCCCCUAGUUCAAAUGUCAAAGUAUCGUUGGACUUAUACUGAACCCCGAGUUGACCCUGACACAUCAUCGGACUGUGACUGUGUGAGAUUGUUAGGUUAAAAGUGUGUAACAAUAAAAAAAGAUUUGCUUACAUGAA